AGACCUCCGAGCCACAACUCUACGCUGAACGCCUCCACCGAAAUGAGCUCUGCAAACGCGUCGACAUCUACCAAAAAGCCUAAGGAGAAAGGCAAAAAGAAAGAACAGACAGGUCAAACUUCAUCUGUUGUCACUCCUCAUGGAAGGAAUGAAGGAUCGAACACUGAUUGGGAAUACAAACCACCACCGGGAGCCGUGCUGGUUGACCAUUCUGUGGAUGCUGGAGAGUUUGACUAUGACUCGCUGAAGGGCCAAGAAGACCAUCUGGAGAUGUGGAUUAUUCGUGUACCUGACGCGGUGAAGCCGAAAUACCUACAAAAUGUCUCAAUAGAUGUUCCUUCUGGGUCCACCACGGCCAAAGUAGGCUCGUUAGAAAGGAAACACGCCUCAUAUGACACAUGGUGCUUGGGAGAGGACACCAAUGACAAUGUCGGUGGAGAAGAGGUCAAAAACCUAUCUGUGCUUGUACCGAGGGCGAGGAAGGGUGGGAAACUAUAUGCUGCACCAAAACUGCCAACCAGGCAUUUUGUAUUCUCAGGACGACCUGCUCUUCCUACACCGGAACCGUCCUCGGAAUCACCCUCGGAUAGCUCCCCUACUUCGACGUUCAGGAACCCUCCACGCCCCACAUACCCCAAAGGCGUUCUGAAGCAUCGAUUUAUGCCCUACGGUUCGCUUUCUAGUGCCGCUGGCACUGAGGAGCAAAUGGACGUUGAUGAUGUCAAAAUGCCACCAUCUAAUCAAGCCGCACAAAAGCCCUCAAAGUCAAAGUCGGCUUCAGAGGAGGGUGGAAAGGCAAAAAAGCGAAAAGUCGAAGCCGACGACGAUCCCGAGAAGAAGUCCAGGAAGUCAAAGAGAGCACCACGGUAGCUGUCUAUCAACGUUCAACAUCAUCGGGAAAACUCCGAGAAGUUUCCAAAUAACGGUGAUCAUCGAUUCGUUCUCUAGGUCUAUGAGAUUCGAGGACCAGUGCAUGUCUACGUACUCGAAGCAUAUGUUCAGGGCUCUUCUUAUUCCUGGUGUACAGCUCACGCCGAUCUUUUGAACAUUAGUAUAAUAAUCAUACAGCCCCCUCUUCGUUCUGUC